CAACGACAUUGGAAGUCCUAUGCUUCCGUUCCCAUCACAUCUCCCACACAUCAAGUCUUGGGCUUUUAUUGUGUCCUUGAUGACGAGAUACGUCACGACUUUCUUGAGAAUCAAACAUAUACCAUUCUGAGCGAUAUUGCUUCCGUUAUCUCGAGCUACUUACAAACACAGCAUGCUCAGCUCGAAUACAUCAAACACGAUACAAAAGCCAAGCUAGAUCUUGCUAGCUUUUUGGAGCAUAAUCGACCGCAGCCCGCAAGGCUCGCCGAUACAUCCAGCAGUCCAUCAGAAUUACCGAGCAACCUCGCAGACGCUGAUCAGAGAAGCUCGGUUCUCGACUCCUCGUCCUCUUCCAAUAGCACCUCGUCUGGCAAGCUGCUUGACGGAACCGUCUCUCCAAUUGAUAAUACUCCCUUGACUACCCCAGCAGAAGAAUGCUGUGGGUUCGGCUUCCCAGGCGCGCUACCAAAGUCCGCAUCGACUGCCAGCGCGUUGGGCCAAGACUUUGGAGGUGAGCCGCAUCAAUACUUCGCAGAUCGAGAUAACCGACCCUCAGACCAGGUCCUGUCAGUCGCAGCAAAUGCAAUGCGUGCGGCUCAUGAUCUCGAAGGUCUAGUCAUAUUGGACACCACUCUCAGUAGUGAUCAUACCCUACCUCAAGAUACCGACGACACAAUAGGAGAGCACCCGUUCACGUGUGAAAAGCUCGGAAUCUCGCUUGUCGAAAGUAACCUCACUCCUGCACGCAUCACGGCUUCCAUGCCCGUUGAGCACGAAACUCUUGAAUUUCUCACCUCACACUUCGCCCAAGGUUGCGUUCUGAAAAUCGACGAAGGCGAUGUAUCGGCUCUCGCUGUUACCGAGACGUCAAAUCCAAGUCCGACUCGGUACAAGACACUGGAUAAGGCCAUCGUCUUACCUUCGAACUUACAUCUGCUACUUCAUCAGGCUCAAUCCCUGAUUUUCAUACCUUUAUGGAAUUUCACCCGGCAGACCCUUUACGCCGGCAUGCUGGGCUGGCCAAUGAACCCCACACGCGUAUUCACUGAGCAUGACCUCCUUUCUUUGUCUAUAUAUGGCAGAAUCUUGACUGCAGAAAUUACACGUUUAGAUUCCAUUGAUACGAAUGCAACGAAAUCCGAUUUCGUAUCCUCCCUCAGUCAUGAGCUACGUUCACCGUUGCAUGGAUGUUUGGCCGCUGUCGAAGUCUUGCGAGACACUGCACUCGACAGAUCUCAAACCGAUCUCUUGGGGAUGAUCGAAUCUUGCGCUUCAACGCUGUUGUAUACCAUGAACCACCUUCUGGAUUUUUCCAAGAUCAACGAUCUCGAUCGCACGCAGUCCAGGAACCGUAGGAUCUCCCAUGGAGAAUCAUCGCCAGUUCUAUCCCCGAACAUGUUUGGUCAGACUGUUGAGGAUUACCUGUGCCGUCUUGUGCAGGACGUGGUUGAGGGUGUUUCCUAUGGCCAUGACAGGGAGCAAGCAGCUCACGAAUCGGACCUGAGUGGAUUAUCACAAGACCUCACUAUGCAAUUCGACAUCGACUAUGCGAUUAUGAAGAGCAAGGAUGUUGCCGUCUUUCUGUAUAUGGAGAGUCUGACAGCCUGGUACUCCAUGGUCUCGGCUGGAGCCUGGAAGAGAUUGAUCAUGAAUUUGUUCGGCAACUCGCUCAAGUUUUGUCUGAGCGGGGAUAUCGAGGUUACUCUGAAGAUGGUGCCCGACCCGAAGAACACUAANAAACGGCUCGCUCAUCUUAUAGUCAGCGACACGGGCAUUGGAAUGAGCGAGAAGUUCCUGAAGCACUCCUUGUAUCGACCAUUUAUCCAAGAAAAUCCUCUUGUCAGUGGAACCGGGCUUGGCCUCAAUAUCGUCAAGCAAAUUGUCAACGAUAUGCAUGGAACCAUCAACGUUAAGAGCAGGCUGGGCGCUGGCACCCGAUUUGACGUGCUGGUCCCUAUGAUUGAACAAGAUUCUGUUGCCGACUCAGACAUACUUGAUGGUGGCGAGAUACUGGAUCCGCAAGACCUCCUGACUCGUCGCACCAUAUGUUUGCUCUCCUCUCCUUCCACCGCUAUCGGAUCCACCCAUGGACCGCAUGAACGUACGAACCUGGUACACUCCUACGUGAAGACGAUUGCGGAAGUCUGGUUCCACAUGAAGGUCAUUUCAGCCUCAAUGACUGAGGACAUUGAGGCAGACUUCUACAUCGCCGAGGCUACAGACUAUAUGAAGUAUGCUUGUUCAUCGCGUGAGAGCUCGAACAUAAUCAAGAGGCAUCGCACGAUCUUGGUUGGAAAUCAACGGCAGUUGGUGCAAGCUCGACGCCAAUGUGCUGAUGAGUUCAUCGGACUUGGUUACCCGCUCGGACCCAAAUCACUCGUUCGCGCUCUUCAUGGCGCCCUGGGAAUGUCAGUACAUCAGCCCUGCUCGAGCGUACCAACUCUUACCACCGCAAGCUCACUGAAACAAACUUCUGGCAAGAUCGGCAUCAAGCCUGCCGGUCAGCAGGCAACACAGGUCUCUGGCGAACCCCCGAUCAACAGCGCCACCCCUGAAAUGACUAAAACAGAACACCUCCUCCUCGUCGACGACAAUGCGAUCAAUCUCAAACUUCUCUCGACCUUUAUCAAAAAGCUCUCCUUGGACGCCCACACGGCCAUCGACGGCGAAGACGCACUGGAAACCUACAAGACUUAUGCAAAGACGCAUCCGUUCACCACCAUUCUCAUGGACAUUUCGAUGCCCAAGAUGAACGGUUUUGAAUCAUCGCGCGCCAUCCGUGACUUUGAAGUCGCGAACAGGCUGCCGCGAUCCAGAAUCAUUGCUCUUACGGCAUUGGGGUCUGAGGCGUCGAGGCGUGAGGCCGAAGCAAGCGGGAUUGACGAUUUCCAGAUGAAGCCCGUUGCGCUCAAGACGCUAAAAGGAUUUUUUCCACAGUGA